UUCAGAUCGGGUCGGGUUAAUUUUUCGUACGUUUCCCUCUUUUCUCUUCGUCUCUCUCGGGUCUCUGAUUCUGAGCGUUCGUGUAGAACCCUAACCAAGUGAGAAAGAUGACGAUGGUGGGUUUGAACGCCGAGGUCGAACCACAGUCGCUGAAAAAGCUCAGUCUCAAAUCUGUUAAACGAGCUCUUGAUCUUUUCGCUCCCCUCCAUGGCCAAUUUCCUCCGCCUGAUCCUGAAAGCAAAAAAAUCCGGCUCUGCCAUAAGGUUCAAGUUGCAUUUGGAGGCGUAGAACUAGAACCUGCAAGUAAGCCUACACGCCGUGCUGACCAUAACAGUGAAAAGACGGCUCCAUCAAAUGCCCUUGCCCGUCCAGGGCCUGAAAAGUCCAAGGAACUUCGGAAAGGCACAACAGAGAAAGCUUUAGUUGUUGGUCCAACUUUACCGCGAAGUGACUUGAACAAUACUGCUUACACAGGCAAAAGCAUUGCGAUUCUUCCUGCAUCUGGAUCCUCAUCUGAAAGAAAUCUGUCAACUACUUUUUUAAUGGAGAGAAGAUCUAGUAGAUGGCCCCGUCCAGAGUGGCAUGCACCAUGGAAGAAUUACAGGGUGAUCCAGGGACACUUGGGUUGGGUCAGAUCUGUUGCGUUUGACCCAAGUAAUGAAUGGUUUUGCACUGGUUCAGCUGAUCGCACCAUCAAGAUAUGGGAUGUAGCGACUGGAGUUCUGAAGCUCACACUUACUGGACACAUUGGGCAAGUACGAGGCCUCGCUGUAAGCAAUAGACAUACCUAUAUGAUUUCUGCUGGUGAUGACAAGCAAGUCAAAUGCUGGGACCUUGAGCAAAAUAAGGUUAUUCGAUCUUAUCAUGGUCAUCUGCAUGGCGUCUACUGUUUAGCUCUUCAUCCAACUCUAGAUGUUUUACUAACUGGAGGGCGAGACAGUGUCUGCAGGGUAUGGGAUAUCCGUACGAAGAUGCAAAUUUUUGCACUCUCAGGACAUACCGCGGAUGUUUUUUCUGUUUUCACCUGCCCAACUGACCCACAAGUUGUUACCGGGUCUCAUGACUCAACCAUCAAAUUUUGGGACCUCCGAUAUGGCACAACGAUGGCAACUCUAACGAAUCAUAAGAGCACUGUCCGAACAAUGGUGCCCCAUCCAAAAGAGAAUGCUUUUGUUUCUGCAUCAGCUGACAACAUCAAGAAAUUUAGCCUUCCUAAGGGAGAGUUUUGCCACAACAUGCUUUCUCAGCAGAAAGACAUAAUUAACGCAGUAGCUGUGAACGAGGAUGGUGUAAUGGUCACAGGAGGUGAUAAAGGAAGCUUAUGGUUCUGGGACUGGAAGAGUGGCCACAAUUUCCAACAGGCAGAAACUAUUGUACAACCCGGUUCGCUGGAGAGUGAAGCUGGUAUAUAUGCCGCAUGUUAUGAUAAGACGGGUUCAAGGCUGGUAACAUGUGAGGUAGACAAGACAAUAAAGAUGUGGAAGGAAGAUGAAAAUGCAACUCCUGAAACUCAUCCUCUCAACUUUAAACCUCCGAGAGAUAUCAGGCGCUACUAAUUAAGGCUUCUCUCUCUUAAUUACACUUUUGUAAACUCAAAAUUCAAAGUCAGAAUAAUCACUAAUGUCACCAAAAUCUGUUACUGGAUAGAACCCCUUGUUUAUAUAUAUAUAUUGAAGCUUCAAUAUAGAUGAGGUAAAAAACAGCACUGUAGUGGCUUUGUUAAAUUAACUUGUAGUUUUACAUGAGUGUA